AUGAGGACGCUUCAACUCACUGCCGCAGCGGCGUUCCUUCAAUCCUCUUCCGGCUUUGUUGUGCCCAUGGCUCAAUCUCGUCCUCUUUCCAAUCAAGUAUUGCAAGCAUCUUCCUUAGACGUUGACAUUUUCAAUCAAUCCAAUGACACAAGUGCCUUGUUCACUCCUCAAGAAGGAAUGGAGAAAUUGGAGAAUACAUUGCCUGAGAGCAUGUUUGCGUUCCCAUCCCAUCCCAGCGAAGCCGUUAGUACAAUUCUUUCCGAUACCGAAGAUUUGAUCCGCCGACUGCACAAGCACUCGACAAAUGUGGACCGAAAGAAUCUGAGUCGGUCUACCAAAAUGACAGGGCCGGAAGAUGAGACAAUCCACGCCAAUACCUACUGUGACUUUCGAAAAAUUCAAUACGUUGGCUUUGACUACGAUUACACCUUGGUGACUUAUACAGAAGAACUGCUCGAACUCAUUUAUGAUAUGGCCUUGAAGCGACUAGUGAAUGACAGACAUUAUCCAGUAGAAAUGCUCGAUUCAGGAAUGGCAUUUGAUCCUUACUUUAGUAUUCGAGGGCUGGCCGUCGACAAGGAGACUGGAUGGAUUUGCCACUUGUCGUAUACACAUAAAGUUGCGGUUGCGUGGGAUGGAAGAGAAAAGGUUUCGACACCACAGCUCUACAAAGAGUACCGUGGAAAGCGUGCUCUCAAUCCAAAGGAACGAAAACAGCGUCUGAAACCAUUGAACGAUUUGUUUUCCAUGGCCGAGUGUUGCUUGAUUGCCGACGUGAUCCAAUUCUUCAAGGAUAAGGGUAUCGAUUUCUGCCCGAAUAAUGUGGUGAAUGAUAUUCUUGGUGCAAUCGGAGACACGCAUCGAACCGGGGACUUUCACCGCAUUGUGGCCAAUGAUCCAGGAAAGUAUUUCAACCCAAGUCCACACUUGGAAACUGUGCUCAAGAAUUUGAAAGACGCUGGGAAGCGACUCAUCUUUGCGAGUAACUCUCCCUAUUGGUAUGUCGACGCGGGAAUGAAGUACGUCCUUGGUGACGAUUGGAUGAAUCUCUGGGAUGCCGUCAUUGUGAGUGCUGGUAAACCGGCAUUUUACACCGAAUUACGGCGGCCGUUCCGAGAAGUCGACAAGGCCAACAGUCGAGUCACUUUCAAAAAGGUUGAAAAAUUGAUUCCUGGUUCCGUGUAUACCGAGGGUUGCUUGAAGGAACUCGCACGCCUUCUCGAAUGGAAUGAACGCGUGGGAGAUGAAGUGGACUCGAAUAUGGACCAAGGAGCUCUUUCUUUGGCCUCGUCCAAUGUUCUUUACAUUGGUGAUUCUUUGUUUGCUGAUUUGGUCGAUGCAAAGCGUGAAUAUGGAUGGAUUACUGCCGCUGUGACUCCCGAAGUUGGAUUCGAAACUAGUGUGCAGGCGCAAGCGGAUUACCUGUUGGUGGAGAGGACAAUUGAAUUAUUGAUCAAAGCGCUUAGACGUGUUCAGGAUGAGAUGGGUCCAGCACGCAGAACUGAGAAUGAUCUGGUUGUAUUGGAUAAGAUUGAAAAACUUGUAAGUAGGUGGAGGGAUCGCGAGACGGCUCUCCUCGGCAACCCCUUUGGAAGUGUCUUCCGGGCGCGGUAUCAGCCAUCCCUAUUUGCACACUCGUUGCGACGAUACUGUGAUCUUUACAUGAACAACAUUGGUAGUCUGCGAAACUACAGUCCACAACAUCGAUUCUACCCGGAGCAAGAUUUCCGGCUGCUUGCACACGAAAUCAAUAGAAAAGGAGAAGAUGAAUGCUGGGAUAUAGAAGAGGUUCUAGAAAGCUAA